AUUGGCACAAUAUACGAUUCUGUGUACCUACGAAUGUUUAUAAGUGCUGAAAAAAAAGUGCAUAUCAUUAUUAUGGAGAAUAUUGAUGAUACAAACGAAUUUAUUCCAAGAGCUUAUCAAAUUGAUCUCUUAGAACUUGCACUAAAACAAAAUGCUAUUGUUUAUUUACCAACAGGCUCUGGGAAAACUUUUAUAGCUGUCAAGCUUAUACAAGAAUUAAGUGCAGAUAUACGAAAAUCUUACAGCGAAGGUGGAAAACAUUCUGUAUUUUUAGUUAAUACAGUACCUUUAGUUAGCCAACAAAGUGAAUAUAUAAGAAGAUUAACUGGAUUGAAAUGUGGACAGUUAAGUGGUGACAAAAACGUUGAUUAUUGGAAAGAUAUAGAAUGGUUGGCAGAAUUAGACAAAUAUCAGGUGUUCGUAAUGACCUCACAAAUUUUGGUAGAUGCAAUUUCUCAUGGAUAUAUGUUUUUAAACAAAAUAAAUGUCCUCAUUUUUGAUGAAUGCCACAAAGGAGUACAUGAUCAUCCGAUGAGACAGAUUAUGCAAAAAUUUGUACACUGCCCAAAAGAUCAACAACCACGAGUUUUAGGUUUAACAGCUUCAUUAUUAAAUUCAAACAUAAAGUUGGAUAUGAUAGAAUCAAUUAUUGAAAAUUUGGAAGUAACAUAUAAUGCAAAAAUAAUUACAGUAAGUUCAGUAUUACAAAUUAAAAGUUAUUUUGCAUGUCCAAACGAAACAGUUGUUUUGUUCGAUGAAUACACAAUAUCUAAUAUUGAAAAAAAUAUAAGUAAUAUCGUAGACGAAAUAAUUAAAAUAUUGAAGGAUGUAACUGUAGAAAGUAUAUUAAAGCAAAACGAAUCUAGUAUAGAAUUUCGACCACUAUCUAAGGAGAGAAAAAUAAGCAACACAUUACUUGAUAUGCAAGUACAGUUAGCAGCUGAAGGAAUAUAUGGUGGAAGUAAAUGUGCUUUACUCCUUUUGAUCCAAUUAGAAUCUAUAAAAAAACAUACAGACAAUUUGGACACUAUUUAUCUUUUGGAGUACAUUAUUUCAGAAUUGACUAAAUGUAGGAAAUUGUUAGAAGAUGAAAUGAAAGACAAUACAGAAGUGGAAAAAAUUUACAAAUACUCAUCUGAUAAAGUUCGAAAACUUUUUACAGUGUUGAAAGAUUUCAAAAGUAAUAUGUCUAAUGAUCAGACAUUUUGUUGCAUUAUUUUUGUACAACGACAAAUUACGGCUAAAAUAUUAUAUCAGAUAUUAAAGAAUCUAAGUGAGCACGAUGAAGAAUUCAAAUUUCUACAACCUGACUUUAUAGUAGGGGGUUCAUGUCACCCUUACAAAGAUAAUAGAGAAGCACUAUGUUUCUUAAAGUGGAAUAACGAAGCUAUACAUAGAUUCAAGAGUGGUAUAACAAAUUGUAUUAUUGCGACAGAUAUAGUAGAUGAAGGUAUAGAUAUACCACAUUGUACAUUGGUUAUACGAUAUAAUUUGCCAAUGGAUGUUAGGGCAUAUGUCCAAAGUAAAGGGAGAGCACGAUUUAAUAAUAGUCAAUAUACAUUGUUAGUGUCGAAAAAUGAUAUGAAUUAUUUAAAACGUUAUGCAAACUUUAAAGAAGUGGAAUCGUAUUUGCAGAAGCUUUUGAUAAGUGGGACACCCCGUGAGGAACCAAAAGAAAAUGCAAUAAAAAAUAAAUUAUAUACACACAACAUAGAACCAUAUGUUGUCACAAAUAAAGAUGGAACAGUAUGUACAAUAACAGAGCAAAUAGCAGUUAGUAUAAUAAAUAGAUAUUGUGGCACAUUAUUCAGCAAUAAAUUUUUGUCUUUAACACCAGUUUGGACAUUAAAUACCAUUGAGGAACAUGAACGUACAAUGUACCAGGUUUCUCUUAAACUACCAAUUUUAUCUCCAAUGAAAAGUGUAGUUCUUGGGGAUCCUAUGAUGAGCAUUAAUUAUGCAAAACGAUCUGCUGCUAUGAAUACAUGUAUAAAAUUACAUGAAAUUAAUGAAUUAUCUGACAAUUUACUACCAAAUGUAAACAGUUAUAUUAUUCAGAACGCGAAUCAUCUAUUCCCAAAUUGGAUAGAUGAAGAUAAGUCAGAAAAUGCAUUUAUUGGGACAUAUAAAAAAAAACGACAUCAUCAAUUACAAUUUCCAUCUGCGUUAUAUGGUGCAUACCCUUUACCAGAAAAAUUAUUAUAUCUUCACCUUCUUCAUGCUAAACCCACAUAUUCAGCACCACAUUACGAUAACCGAUAUUUAGUAUUUUAUGAUUUGCUAUCUGACAAUGCAGGUUUUGGAAUACUAUCUACAAAACGGUUGCCAGAGAUACCAUCAUUUCCAAUCUUUAUGAAUGUUGGAGAAUUAAACGUUGAUGUUAAAGUAAAUUAUGCAACAAUGCAUUUAUCUGAAGAGCAAAUUGGGUUUAUAAAAGUCUUUCAUACUUUAAUGUUUACUCAAGUUGUAUCAGUUAUAAAACCUUUUUUAGUAUUUGAUAAUUACAAUCGUGAUAAUUGUUUUCUAAUUGUACCAGUUAAUGAAAGUUGGGAAAUAAAUUGGAACGUCUUGAAACAACAUCAAUGUAUAGAGCGUAUACCAUCACCAGUUCCUUUUCAUUUAAAAAAUAGUGAUUAUGAGUUAGCACUAGUUAUACCUACCUAUAGAGCAUCCCCGGAUAUGUACUUAGUUACAAAAGUUUGCGAAGAUCUUACACCAGGUUCAUGUUUUCCAAGUGAUAAUUUCUUUUCAUAUGCCCAUUACUAUAAAGAAAAGCAUGGUUUGGUAAUAAAUGAUUUAAAGCAGCCGAUGUUAGAAGUAAAAGUUAUAUCGAGGAAAAAUAAUUGUAUAAUUCCUAGAAGCAUGCAGUCUGAAUCUAAGAGCCGAAAAAGAGCAGAGUCGAACAAAGAUUUGAGGGAGCAUUUAGUACCAGAAUUAUGCACCAGAAUCGUGUUUCCAGCUUUGUAUUGGCUUAAAACAACAAUGUUACCGUCCAUUCUACAUAGAAUUUCACAACUUUUAAUUGCUGAAGAUCUUAGAGAAACUAUUGCUACAGAAACUGGUUUAGGAUCUAGAUCGAGUAAUAAUAAGUGGCCACCACUACAAAUUACAGAUGAAGAAACAGAAGAAUUAUUUGAAUCUUUGGUAGAAAUUCCUAUCGAUGAAAAUGUUGAAAAUUUACAACCAGAACCAGUAUUAAAUGUCUCAGAAAUAGACGUACUAAAUACAGAAACAUGUAAUUAUCCAUGGAAAAAAGAUGAAGAACCACCUAAUUUGUAUAGGAAUAUUGAAGACAUUCAAAUGAUCCAAAUUGAACAUUACUGUCAAUUUAUGUCUGGAACGUGUGACCAAACUGAUAACGAAAUAGUGAAAAAGAAGGAAAUUAAUUUCUUAAAUAAAUUAUCGAUACCAGUGCCUCAUCUAAAAAUCUUAUCGUUAGAAGAUUUGUGUGAUGGUCCCAAUCCUGUUCAGAUUAUGUUUGCAUUGACAAGUAAAUUAGGACAUGAUGCAUUUAAUUUGGAACGAUUAGAGACUCUAGGAGAUUCCUAUUUGAAAUUUAUUAUAUCUUUAUUUUUACAUGAUCAAUAUCCAAACUACAACGAAGGUCCUUUAACGUCAUUAAAAGGAAAACUAAUUGGAAAUCGUAAUCUUUAUUAUUGUGGAGUCAAAAAACAGAUUCCUGGGCGUAUAAAAGUUGAUGAUUUUGUACCAUUUAGUAAUUUCAUUGCUCCCGCUUAUACAGCAUUUCGUUUAUUUCAGCAACUGUUGUUAGAACAAGAGAUCUCACCGAAUGUUUUAUAUGAAAUUCAAAUACCUGAAGUGGAACAAUUUACUGGGUGCAUAAGUGAGACCACAAUAAAUACAAUGGAAGCAAAAGUGUUAAAUUGGGAAACGGCAAACUCGCAAACUGGUAUGGAGCAUUAUCUUGGAAUACAAACUGUUUCUGACAAAACAGUAUCUGACUGUGUAGAAGCAUUGAUUGGUGUCUAUCUUUCAACUAUGGGUAUUAAAGAUACAGCGACUUUAUUAAAAUGGUUUGGAAUUUUACCAAAUGAUAUCAAUGCCCAUACAUUAUUGUUUGUUAAUUUGACGAAUCCUAUUAUUUCUGAGGGAAAUGUAAACUAUUUCAUGCCUUGGGCCUCUGAUAUAGAAACAAAAAUUGGUUACAAGUUUCAAAAUCGAGCAUACUUAUUACAGGCUUUUACGCACCCUUCAUAUUCAGCAAAUACUAUAACUGAUUGUUAUCAAAGAUUAGAAUUCCUUGGUGAUGCUAUUCUUGAUUUUUUAGUGACGUGUUAUAUUUAUGAAAACUGCGGAAAUUUGAAUCCUGGUGCUUUGACAGAUUUAAGAUCUGCUCUUGUUAAUAAUAUCACAUUUGCAUGUUUGGCAGUACGAUAUAAUUUACAUACUGCAUUACUAGCUUAUGCGCCAAAAUUAAAUGAUAUUAUAGAACGCUUUGUUAAAUAUCAAGAGGAAAGAGAUCAUAUAGUGAAUGAUGAGCUUUUAUAUACAUUGAUGGAAGAAGAUGAAUGUAAUAUAACUGAAUAUGUAAAUGUUCCUAAAGUUUUAGGAGAUUUAUUUGAGUCUAUAAUAGGUGCAAUAUAUUUAGAUUGCAAUAAAAAUCUUUUGAAAGUUUGGGAAAUAAUUUAUUCUUUAAUGCACAUAGAAAUUGUUGAAUUUAGUAAAAAUGUUCCAAAGCAACCAGUUCGUAUGUUGUAUGAAACUCAAGGUAUACAGCCACGAUUUUUAAAAGCAGUUCCUAUUGAAGGAACAAAUGUCGUAAUGGUACCUUUAAAAGUAAUUAUUGAUGGGAAAAUGAAACUUUUUCAUGGGUUUGGUACCAAUAAAAAGCAAGCCAAAUGUGCUGCUGCAAAACACGUUUUAAAAAGUUUGUUAUGUAAAACUUAAGAUAAAAAUGAGAACUUUUAUUUACAAAAAAUUUUAUUUACGUUGUUUUACAUUUAUUAUUGUAAUUAAUAGUUAUAGUAUUAAGGCAGGGUGGGG